UUUUUGUUUGUCUCUCUUCGAGAAAUAUUAACAGACGCCAUUCAGCUGCUGACAGAACCGUGAAUAAAACGAAUGUUUUCAUUGGCCAAGACGUUUACCUGACUGGUACCGUUGUUCGCUGCACUUUAUAUGGGGUUAAAAGAGGUGCAUUUGGCUUAAUUGAGUUCAGUGUAGAUGACACACUGAACCCCUCUGGAAUGCUAGUAUUCACCUGUACAUCAGUGUCAAGUGUUUUAAUGACAUCAUCAAAUUCUUCAUCAAAUUCCUCUGGAUCUUCAAAACUGAUGGUAUCUAGACAACAAAGGUCAGAUGGUUACGUUGAAUUAAAUCAACUGUUUGAAACUUUUAAGUUUGAGACACUGGAGGCAGGGUUCCAAAUGGACUUGGAAAAGCGUGAAUGUUCAGAGAUGGUUAUUCAUUUCUUUAAUGUACAGAAAGUAGAUAAAAGGAUUAGCACAGAAAAGAAUAUAUAUGUAUAUCAAGGACUCACAUUGAAGCCACUUGGGGCCAUUGUUAACCCAGCAGAGAAUUCAUUUAUCUACAUGAAUGAGCUUUCAAAGUAUCAAGGGGAACAUUUUAAAGUGAUCUCAAUUGACAGCAACAAAGCUAUCUUCUCAUUGGAAACAGUUUAUACGUCUAAUGGAAACAAAGUGGAGAAGGUUAUAACAUUUAACAAUAACAUUCAGUGGAGCUUGAAAAUAGGUGAAAAAGAUAUUGAGCUCGAGUCAUAUGGUAUAAAUGAUCACUUCACUUUAGAUGAAAAUAUGCAAAAUGUUUUUACUAUUUCCAAACAAAUAAAAGUCUGCUGUGGUGUUGAUGUGGGAAAGUCAACAGUAUGCUCUAGAUUCCACAAUGUGGAGAGUUGGAAAAACACUGAUAGUGACACUUCUACAAGAAUAUUGAGAUCAGUGAUUUGUUUGAGGGUGGUCAAAAUUAAUGCAAGGUGCGUGCCAGACAUGCAAAAUUUGUCAGAAAAUGACUAUUGCUAA